GUUAAAUUAGUUGAUCGUGAAAUUUACAAUGUAUAAUUAGCACACACACAAUUGGCCAAUUUGGUACCAUAUUACAUUUCCGUUUUGCUAUAUGCAUAAUAUACGUUUUGAGCAAAACAUGGCUUAUACUGUUGGACAUCAAAGCAUAUAAUGUCGAGCUCUUGCAAAAUUUAUUAUUCUGCGCCACUUUACUUUACGUCUAUUGUGCUAGGGCAUUUUAAAUUAUGUUUUUACAAUAGUAUAUAUUUUUUUACUGGCUCGGGGCGAAAAGUUUCCCGAGAAAUUUACAUUUUACUAGAUAUUAGCUGCAGCAGAAAAAUUAAAUCCAAAAUAGCAGUAAUUGUAAUUUUUCUAGUCAAUUUUUUUACAAUUAUUCGUAAAUUACCAAGUGGUAUCGAUAAAGUCGGGGAGGGGGGGGCAUAUAAAAACUGGAAAUAUAUUUUGUCAUCAGUGUUUUAAAAAAACCCAAGCACAGACAUAUAUAUACACAAGUGGCUGUUAUGUUUUUUUUAUAAAAAAUUAUUAGCUUUGUUUUUUUAACAUAUCCAUUUAGAACUAGCGACAUGUAUUGUCUAUUAGUAC